CCCCGCUGGUUUUUGUCCUUUUGCUCCCUCCCCACUGGUCCGGACAAGUAUUAACACGCGGGUCGAACUUGACGCUUUCUACUCCAUCUGCCUUUCCGCCUCGAAUAAAGUAGCCCUUACCGAACCAUCCGCCCCGCGCAAAGCCAACCCACUCCCAGCCGACCGUGCUUAUAAAAAACAAAAACGUGUACCUAUUCCAGUCAUGGAAAGCAACCAGCCUUCUCCUUCUCCCCAUCAAGAGUCGUAUAACGCCCCUCAAGGUGAAUGCAGUAUUCUUUCUCCCACACUGGCAGAUAUUCUCAGAGAUGAUCGGAUUCUCCGCUUCUAUCAAUGUGUCAAGGAUAUCAAGACCCAGCAAUCUCCCACCCAAACCGCGGCCAUGUUCUUUGCGCUGUGCCACGCCCUAGGUGACUCGGUGUCAUUCUUGAAAGUACCUAAUAUGUCCAAAAUCAUGUUUCGUCAAGAACAACAAAUCUUUGCCGUCAAUGUCGCUGGCACACAGCAGGAUGCUAUCCAACUGUUCAAUACCCAUGAUAUGGCGUCGCUGGAUCCCACCAAUUCCGCUGCGUUGGUGCAAAAUGUGAAUAACCCUCAACAGCAUAAUUUAUUUGCGCCGGGUGCCGAUGGCUCACCGCAGCAUCUUUUGCAAGCGGCACUUGCAUCUGUAUCGCCUGCACCAAGCGUAGCGGCCGCCGCGGCCGCGGCCGCAGCAGCAGCAGCAGCGGUGGGAGGAGGUAGUGGUGGAAAACGCAAGCACGGUGAUCAGCGAGAUCCCACCAAAAGAGCCAAGAAAGCCAGUCCAAGAGAUAAAGAAUAUGCUGUACGACGCAAUGAAAUUAUUCAGGAUUUACUCAAAGUGACGGAAGUGGACUUGGCGCAUCAAGCGAAUACGGUGGACGAUGAAGUGAAAUUGAUUAUCCAAGGACACGAACGAAGCACCAAAUUUGGAUUAUUGUCACCUCUUCAUCGAUUUGCGACAUUUGCGAACUUGCCUGCCCACUUUGACUGCGAUUUCGCUCCCAAAAAUGCGGGCGUUUAUUUCAACUAUGAAUAUUUCCAACUCUAUUUAGCGUACCGUGAUCUGGAAGCGGAGCGAACACGGCAACAAGAGCAAAACAACAAUGGUGAUACGCGUACCAUUCUUGUCCAAUGCCGUGCGGAUAUAGAGAAAGUACUGGUGAAUACCAACUGGGAAGCGAUCCGUCGUCGACUAACGAUUGGUGAACGUAUUUGUCAAGUGUGCGGUGUGGUCGGUCGUGGAUUCUUGUUGCUGAGCAAGCAAGUCUCUGGUCGCAAACUGCUUCACAAUUUCAAUACGGGCGAAUGGGGCGAUUUCAUGCUUGAAUUCGAACGGCCUGAGAACCAAGCGUUGUUGCAGACAUUGCAAGCCAAAUAUGCGCCUGAAAGAUUUUACGGCAGCAACCCUCGAACCACCGCCGAUAUGCUGAUGGCCCCCGAUACCGGCAUCCCAAGAGAACCCACAUCGGAAAGCAGUAUGAACGCAUCGGCAGCAGCAGCAGCAGCGGCAGCUGCUCUUGUUUCCGACAAUAAUGCCACUCCCACCACGUCCAAUCCCACAGAGAAUGUCAAGGAAGAAACACCUCAAGAACCGCAAUGAAACUCCAUUGUGAAGUCUACCUCUUUCUAUUCGUCCCAAUCAUGAUUUUCAUCUCUUCUUAUGCAUGUUUUCUUUUCAAGUCUCUCAUUUGUUUUCACCCUUUUUCCAGUUCACUGGACUUUGGUUUCACUAUUUCCUUGCACCUUUAGUUUGCGUCUCGUCUAUUCAGUCCCUUAACCUUCUCUUUGUUUCUUCUCUCUCCCAUUUGACGAAGUGAGUCUUCGAAUAAUUAAAGUAUUCACUGUGCUACGCUUCAGCUGGAUGCCCUU